UGUGAACCCCCAUUAUUUGCCGCUUCCGCUUUUAGUAUCUCUAUGCACUUCAUAGAUAACUCUUAUCUAUGCAUUCAUUCUAAACUAGAACACAGAAAUAAUGUAAAUCUUAAACCAAUAUAAAUACUGGCCCAUGAAUCCUGAAAUUUUAGGUUAUUGGAUAUAGACCUAAUUUCAUUACCUAAACUGAAACGUAGUAGUAGACAUGUUGACCGACAAUUGGAAGGACCUCGCUGUUAUAGCACAAAACAUUUAUAAGGAGUCAUUGGCAAAGACUCUUGAAUUAUUUCCAUUCGAUGAUAAGGAAACCUAUGAUAUUUAUGAUUCACUUCCUUCUGCUAUUGGAGAAAGUACUACUGAUUAUGGUAAUCCGGCUGAAUAUCCAAUUGAAGUAUAUCUCGCAAAAUUGCCAGCUAAAGUCAAAGAGGUUACCGAGAAGAAUCCAAUUGAGUUAUUAAGUGAUUUGAAAUCAGGCAAAUAUACUGCUGUUGAAGUUUUAAAAUAUUAUUUCCACGCAGCAAUUUUUGCAUCAAAGUUAACUAAUUGUGUUCAAGAAUUUUUACCAGUUGAAAGUUUAGCCUAUGCUAAAAACUUAGAUGAAAACUUUGACAAGUUCUCAAAGAUUUAUCCACUUUUUGGAUUACCAAUAUCACUUAAAGAAAUGAUUCCAUUUACUGGACGUGCAGUUACUCAUGGUUCUUUAUGUUAUUUGGAUAGAAUUACUGAUUACAAUGCGGAUAUUGUUAAUAUCAUGUAUAAAAAUGGAGGUAAUCCAUUUGUUAGAACCACAAAUCCUCAAGUAUUAAUGAUGCUUGAAUGUGAAUCAUUUGCUCAUGGUAGAACAGUAAAUCCUUUUAACAGUCGCUUGACUAGUGGUGGUUCUUCUGGUGGUGAAGGUGCUAUCAAUGGUAUACAUGCUAGUACUGUUGGGUUCGGAAGUGAUAUUGGUGGAAGUAUCAGAUGUCCUUCUGCUUUCAAUGGUAUUUAUGGUAUGAGAACUACUGUAGGAAGAAUUCCAACGAGUGAUUAUUUUUCAUGUCAAAUGGGUUCUGAAUCUAUUUUAUCUGUUACUGGACCAUUAACCAGAUCAUUAGAUGUUUUGGAAUUAAUUGUGAAGACUAUUGUCGAUGCUAAACCUUGGUUAACGGAUCCAAGUUUGGUAUCUCUUGAAUGGAGACCAGAAACUAAACAGAAAUUUAGACUUGGUAUUGAAUGGUCGGAUGAAGUUGUUAACCCUCUUCCACCCAUUACAAGAGCGUUAAAUAUCGUAAAGCAAAAAUUAUCAGCUUAUCACAAUAUCGAAUUAGUAGAUUUCAAGCCUUAUAAUCAUAGUCGUACAACUGAGAUUUUAGGAAAACUUUAUUUUGAAGAUGGUGCUAGGGACGUUAAAAAAACUUUAACUUCUACUGGUGAACCAAUAUGUGAACAAACUGUAUGGGCAAUUGAAGGUGCUGAAGAUUUAGAUAUUCAAGAACAAUGGAAAUGGAAUUUAGCAAAACAAAAAUACAGAAAGGAAUACUUAAAACAUUGGCAAACUUUCAAUAAUGAAGAAGGUGAAGUCUUGGAUGGGGUAAUUGCUCCAGUUUUUCCAAAUGUUGCAGCUGAGCAUAGAACUGCCAAGUAUUGGUCAUAUACUUCUCAAUGGAACUUAUUAGAUUAUCCAGUCUUGGUAUUCCCAGUCAGCAAAUUAGAUGAAACUUUGGAUAAGCCAGAUCCAGACUACAAACCUUUAAAUGAAUCAGAUAAAUAUGUUCAUGAUUUAUAUGAUGAUCCUCACAAAUUUGCCAAUGCUCCUGUUAAUUUGGGUGUUGUCGGUUUAAGAUACACUGAAGAAAAGUUGAUUGCAAUUGGUAAGAUCCUUAGAGAAGCCUUACAAGCUGAAAUCUGAUUUGGUUUACUUUUUCCCUUAUUUUCAACUGUAUGCUCACUAUGCCUAUCAGCUUUUUAUAUCUUUCUAUUUUAAAUUUAUUUCUCUUUUGG